UCAACCAUCAUGGCGAGUGAUUCUGAACCAGAAGACGAUGCUCUAGACGUUGAGGAAGACCCUGAAGAAUACGAGCAGGAUGACGACGAGCCUGAUGGCGUACCCGACGAUGUCACGGAGGACCAGGAUGAUGACUCAAGUGAUGAGAGCGAGGAUGGCUCAGAAGAUGAGGGAGACGACUCCUCUGAGCCUGGGGAGACCCUUAUGGAUGAGUUGGAGCCACCAGCGAGCGCAAGCGACACCUCGUCGCAGCCAACAACAUCUCAACCAGCUGUACCUCAGAAGGUACCCACACCACCGCCAACUAUCCCACCGCCGCGAAAACGGUCACGUUCACCAUCGCCUGCUCGCAUACGAAAACGCGCACUUAUUCCGCAAAUCCCCUCGCCACGGUCUUACACUGUCGAGGCCAUCUGUGCUUUACCUCAUCCAGUACCUACUCACGCUCUUGCCGCUUCAGCAUGUAUGACUCACAUGAUAACUGGCUCUGAUGACGGUUACAUUCGCGACUAUGACAUUUUCGGUGCAGUCAAUGGCAAGAACUUUCUCAGUGCGCCGCAGCGACAUCACGCAGGUGUUGUAGAGGGCAUCAUGAAAGCCGGGCAGCUACGCUUUUGGUGGGAGAACCCCAAUCCACACAAGCUGAACCCGACUGUACUGCCAGAAGAAGCAGCAACACCAUUACCUGUGUACAGUCUCGCGAUGCACUCAGAUGCGCUUUGGACACUAGCUGGAUCGAAUACGGGGAGAAUCAACCUAUUUACAACGCGCCAUGAACCUGGGAGGUGUAUCCAUGUUAUGGCCGGCCACCGAGAACAGCCAGUUUCUUCGCUAGCUUUGGAUCACGAGGAGAAAGGAUACUACAGCGCUGGGUGGGAUGGCGAUGCGAUCCAAUGGGACCUCAACACUGGAUAUGCGGUCCGAAACUUCACAGCUCAUGGCGCGCAACUAACCUCAGUCGCUGUUCGCCCAAUUAGUACUUCUUUCGCACCAGUAACUGGGUCCUCGCAAGACUCAAACAACACUACCCUCAUCGACAGCUCCAACCCCGCAAGCCAAACGAUGGACGCUGACGCCAAAUCCGACGCGUCUUUCGACCCGUUGUUUGACGAUGAGCCCGAAACACCCGCAGAAGCGGCCGUCAAGCCCAGUCUUCCUGCACUCCCCACGGCCCGCGCGAUAGCACAUAAUGCGCCGCCUUUAUUGGACUCUUCGAUCAAUGCGACAUUGUCACCUGACAUCCUGCUCACAGCAGCCAUAGACGGACAGGUCAUGCUUUGGGACCGCCGUGUUCAGACAAUCGGCACUGGUGUGGGCAGACUGUGGAUGAGCGAUAAGACGCCGCCAUGGUGUCUCUCCGCUUGCUGGUCAGCGGAUGGCGGGCAAAUUUACGCUGGACGGAGAAAUGGCACAGUUGACGUGUGGGACACAAGGCAGCUGGGCGUUGCUGGACCUGGAAGCGUGCCCAGGCUGCUGAAAAGCAUCAGGAACCCACAAAGCUCCGGUGUGGUGUCUUGCGUGGUUGCGUUUCCGGACAGGAAGCAUAUCGCGACCGCAUCAAUCGACAAUCUGCGACUGUGGAACGUGGCUGAAGCUGCUGAAAUGGAUGGCUUUGGCAAACACAAGAGCAGUGGUGUCCAGUUCAAGAUCAUCCCAGGCCACCAUGGAGGGUAUAUCUCGCAAAUGCUGGUCGACCCUGCGGCCCGCUUUCUGGUCAGCGCGAGCAGCAAUCGGGGGUGGCAUGGCGAGUCUACGAAAACUGUCUUCGUCCACGAUAUCAAACGCAUCCAAUAA